AUGAGCCACUCCAGGAAAUAUUUUCACAAAGCUAUCAAACUGAAGAGUCAAGGUGUUUCUGCAAUAGGUGCUGUAGGAUUUUGCUGGGGAGGGGUUGUAGUGGCAAAACUUGCAAAAUCUGAUGACAUUAAGGCUGCUGUGAUAUUGCAUCCUGGCCGGUUAGCAGAUGAAGAUAUACAUGAGGUUAAGGUUCAUACUGCAGUAUUGGGAGCUGAGAUUGACAAAACUUCACCCCCAGAACAAUUGAAACAAUUUGGGGAGAUUUUAUUAGUAAAGUCUGAGUUUGAUAGCUUUGUGAAAAUAUUUCCUGGAGUGGCUUAUGGAUGGACAAUGAGGUAUAAUGCAGAGGAUGAAUCUGCAGUCAAGAGUGCUGAAGAGGCUCAUUUGGACAUGUUAAAUUGGUUUACCAAGUAUGUCAAGUGA